UGAUGGUGGUUAUUUGUGUCCACCUCACGUAGUUUUUUAACCUAGCUAUAAAAAUGUAAAUGUCAUGAAACUAAACAAAAAAUUGAAUUUGAAGAAAUGAUCAAAUACAACGCAAACUUUUUCUAUACUAAGACACGGAGUGAUCAUAGUCAACACCUUAAUGAAGUUUAAAAAAACAAAAACUAACUAAAACCUUGAAAAAUCACCGCUCACAAAAGUCAUGUUUAAACAACAUUCUGGCGGCUGCCACAAAUGAGCCUCGGCUGUGACGUCACUGCCGCAAACCAAGUUGAGUGUCGCGCAAACAAGCGCGCCCCUCUGAAGAUGGCGGCGGAGCUGCAUCCCCGGAGCGGAAAGCUGGUCGGCCUGUCCAACUCCAACCGCACCGCCCGGCGCAACCAGCCGGUCCAGGAGUUCAACCACGGCCUGGUGCUCAGCAAGGAGCCGCUGAGGGACCGGGACGUCUUCACUGUCCGUAUCGACAAGAAGGUGAACUCGUGGAGCGGCUCCAUCGAGAUCGGCGUCACCACGCUGGACCCGGCCCUGCUGGACUUCCCCAGCAGCGCCACGGGCCUGAAGGGCGGCUCCUGGAUCGUGUCGGGGUGCUCGGUGCUCCGCGACGGCCGCUCGGUGCUGGAGGAGUACGGCCGCGACCUGGAUCAGCUGGCCGAGGGCGACCGCGUGGGCAUCCAGCGCAGCUCCCGCGGAGAGCUCCACCUUUGGGUCAACGGCCAGGACUGCGGCGCGGCCGCCGCCGGCUUGCCCGCCAAGCUCUGGGCGGUGGUGGACCUGUACGGCAAGUGCACGCAGGUGACGGUGGUGAGCUGCGAGCCGCCGCUUACCUCGGCGGAGCGAGAGGCCGUCGUUCGCAAUGAGGAGGGAGAGGAGGAGGACGACGACGACGAGGAGGAGGACGAGGAUGACGGGGUGGUCUGCCGGGCGCAAGAGAACGUGGGCAUCGCGGCGCUGAUGAACGCGCCGGCAAUGAACGGCGUCACCAUAGGAGACCAAGUGCCUGAGCUUCGUUGCGGUCACAGCAGACCGGACAAGUUGCCCAACAACCUGGGGCCAGACGCGGUUCUAACGGAGCACCAGCUCUUUGACGUGUUCAACAACGCCAUCGUGUCUUUUUACCGAGCCGAGGAUGAGGGCGGAGGGGACGAAGGCGGCGGUGGAGGAGGAGGAGGAGCCACGGGACGCGACAACUCCUCGUCGAGAAACGACGCGAGGAGCGGCGGCAGGGGCGGCGCGCUGAGCAAUGACGCGGGGGCGGGGGACGGCGGGAACGCGAACGGCAGCCCCGCCGGGGGCGCGGGAGGAGGAGCGGCGGGGGCGGCGGCGGCGACGGGCGGCUCGACCACCAACGACGCGCUGCUCUUCCACGAGAAGUGCGGCACCUUGAUCAAGCUGAGCAAUAACAACAAGACGGCGGAGAGGAGGCGACCGCUGGACGAGUUCAACAACGGCGUGGUCAUGACCAACCGGCCGCUGCGACACAACGAGAUGUUCGAGAUCCGCAUCGACAAGCUGGUGGACAAGUGGUCGGGCUCCAUCGAGAUCGGCGUCACCACGCACAUCCCCAACCAUCUGGACUACCCCGCCACCAUGACCAAUCUGCGUUCAGGCACCAUCAUGAUGAGCGGCUGCGGCAUUCUGACCAACGGCAAAGGCACCAGGCGGGAAUACUGCGAGUUUAGCCUGGAUGAACUGCAGGAGGGCGAUCACAUCGGGCUGAUGCGCAAAGCUAGUGGGGCGCUUCAUUUCUACAUCAACGGCAUCGACCAAGGCGUUGCGGCGGCGCAGACCCCCGGCGUGGUGUACGGCGUGGUGGACCUUUACGGCAUGGCCGUCAAGGUCACCAUUGUCCACAACCACAACCAUAGCGAGCGCCUCCGCCGCAACAACGCCAUCAUGCGGGCCAUGUCGCCCGACGUGGGGCGGCCCCGCCCCGCUCUCACCCCGGACGCCGACGCGGCCGAGCGGCUGCUCUUCCACGCCAACUGCGGCCAGAAAGCCGCCAUCAUCAGCGACGGCAGGACGGCGCUGAGGCCGCACGCCACGGACGACUUCAAUCACGGCGUGGUCCUCAGCAGCAGGCCGCUGCGCUCCAACGAAGUAUUUCAGGUUCGUAUCGACAAGAUGGUGGAUAAGUGGGCGGGCUCCAUCGAAAUCGGCGUCACCACGCACAAUCCCGCCUACCUGCAGCUCCCUUCCACCAUGACCAACCUGCGCUCGGGGACAUGGAUGAUGACAGGAAAUGGCGUGAUGCACAACGGGACGACAAUUCUGGAUGAAUACGGACACAACCUAGACCGCCUCAAAGCGGGCGACACCGUCGGCGUGGUGCGCAAAGAGGACGGCAGCCUCCACUUCUUUGUCAACGGCGUGGCUCAGGGCCCGGCGGCGUGGAACGUGCCCCCCAGCGUCUACGCCGUGGUGGACCUCUACGGACAGGCGGCUCAGGCCACCAUCAUGGACGACAUGGUGGACCUCCCCCCUCUUCCGGAGGAGAUCUCCGAGGGGCCCUCGGCCACGUCCCCCGGCAGCCCUUGCUCGGCGUCGGGCGCCGGCGCCACCGAUCUGCGUUUCCACCACCUGCACGGCACCAAUGCCGUCAUCACCAACGGGGGGCGCACGGCGCUGCGCCAGAACUGCCGCAGCGAGUUCAACGACGCCAUCGUCAUUUCCAACCGGUGCCUUCGUGAUGGGGAGCUCUUUGAAAUCAUCAUUCAGAAGAUGGUGGACCGCUGGUCGGGUUCAAUAGAAGCGGGCGUGACCGCCAUCAGGCCGGAAGAGCUUGAAUUUCCCAACACGAUGACCGACAUCGACUAUGACACGUGGAUGCUCAGCGGGACGGCCAUCAUGCAGGACGGUAACACGAUGCGCAACAACUACGGCUGCGACCUGGACUCGCUGACGUCGGGCUCGCGCAUCGGCAUGAUGCGCUCGGCCCUCGGCGACCUUCAUUAUUACAUCAACGGCGCCGACCAAGGCGUCGCCUGCUCCGGGCUGCCACCAGAUGUGUUUGCGGUGAUCGACCUGUAUGGGCAGUGCGUUCAGGUGUCCAUCACCGGCUCCUCUGGCCCACUGGACAACAGCUUGUGCACCAGCAACAUCACCGAGAAGAGCUUCCCCAUCCACUCUCCAGCUGCGGGAGUGGCCCACAGAUUCCACAGUAAGCACGGCAAGAACAUGGUGCUGCUCGGCGAGGGCUGCCAGGCCGUGCGAGCCGGGGGCUACGCCCACGGCAUCGUUUUCAGCGGCAAGGAACUCAAAGUGGAUGAGCUGUUUGAGGUGCGCAUCGACGAGAUGGACGAGCAGUGGUGCGGUUCGCUACACGUGGGACUGACCACGCUGCCCCCCCCCGAGCUCCCGUCGUGCCCGCUCUCGGGCUUCUCCCCGUCCCUCCCGCAGCUCCGCGCCAAGGUCACCUGGCUGCUGCGCGGCUCCGAGGUCCGUCGCAACGGCGUGCUGCAGCGCCAGAACUACGGACGCUCGCUGGACCGGCUGACGGUCGGGAACCGUGUGGGCGUGAAGAGAUGCGCUGAUGACACCAUGCACGUCUUCGUUGACGGCGAGGACAUGGGACCUGCAGCCACCGCAGUCGCCAAGAACGUGUACGCAGUCUUGGACCUGUACGGGCGGAUCACGGCCGUGUCCGUCGUCAGCUCCACUCUGAUUGAGGACGCGGAAGGCACGAAAGCACCGUCACUGUCCUCGGAAAGCUGCAGCGAAGGAGAGGACGACGCCACGCCGGUCAGGGAGUCGGCGCAGGCGGCAGGCGAGCCGUGCGCGGCGGCGGCGCCCGCCGCCAUGGCUUUCCUGGAAAACCACGGCAAGAACAUCCAGUUGUCCAACCAGAGGCUGACGGCGGCCCGGGUGUCGAGCUACAACCAGGGCCUGUUGGUCACCGCCCAGCCUCUGGUCCAGCAGCAGCUCUUCCAGUUUCAGAUCGACCGGCUCAACCCCUCGUGGACGUCGUCGCUGUCGCUCGGGGUGAUCGGUCACUCGCCGGACCGGCUCAACUUCCCUUCCACGGCGUGCUGCCUGAAACGCUCGGCGUGGCUGCUGCAGAGGGACUCGGUUUUCCACAACUCCCUCAAAAUAUGCGAGAACUACGGUCCCAACUUGGACACGUGUCCCGAGGGCACGGCCUUGGGUCUGCUGGUGGACGCCAACGGUUGCCUCCACCUUUACGUCAACGGCAUGGACCAAGGGGUGGCGGCGCAGGACGUUCCCUCCCCCUGCUACCCUUUCGUUGACCUCUACGGCCAAUGCGAACAGGUGACGAUCGUCACCAAUCGCCUGCCGGCUGAGGGCGGGGAAGGCGGCCACGCCCGCUGCCGGGGCGACAUGGAGAAGGCUGACGUGGUUGACGGCAUCAAAGAGAGCGUGUGCUGGACACCCCCUCCCGAGGUCAACCCCAACAAGUCCUGCGAGUACCAGGCACUGUGCUCCCGCUUCAAGGACCUGCUCACCCUACCAGACGGCUACUUCAGUGAAGAUGCAAAGUACAACCUGUGCUACUGCGAAUCCUGCCACAAGUUACGGGGCGACGAGGCUUAUUACAAGAGAGGAGAGCCGCCCCGGGACUACGCUCUCCCUUUCGGAUGGUGCUGCUUCGCCCUCAGGAUCAAGCCGCACUGUGAGGUUUCCAAUGCACUGAAAAAAUGGCACAUGGCGUACCACGGCACCAGCAUCGGGGCCCUGCGCCGCACACUGGACCACAGCCAGCUGCUGCCCGGGGCCUCGUCCAUCUUCUCGGUGGCUCCGGCGAAGGCGGAGGGCCCGGACGGCUACGGCGAUCCAGAGGAGAACAGCGCCCCCGGCAGGGAGGUGCCCAGGGUGAGGCUCUCGCCCACGAUGCGCUACUCCGGCUUGGAGACGUUUGCUCCCAAAGUGCCAUUCCGGGACCCCCGCUCUCACCGCUGCCACCAGGCCCAGGUGGGCUUCCAGGUGUGCGUGCGGCCAGGCUCCUACAAGGCGGGGCCGCAGCAGACGGCGGGCCACGGCGAGCCCCUGGACCCCCGCUUCAGCAACUCGGAGAUCGAGUGGAUCACCAAAGAGCAGGGCGGCACGCUCCUCUACGGCCUGCUCGUGCGGGUGGAGUGAGCGCCGAACGGAGACUUUUGACAAAGUGACGACCGAAUCCAAGCCCUGCCUUUGAGCGACGGACUCCUCUCGGAUCCGCGUGAUUGUUUUUGAUUUGGGCGGUUACAGAGAAGAACGGACACUGCCUGCACUUUACAUCUCGGCUUUUUUUUUUUAAACGACGUACCACAUUUAUAUUUGUUGAACACCCCCCCCCCCCCCCCGCUUUUAUUUCAGGCCGUUCGUCCCUCUAAAUCACCACUGACUGACUGACUGUGUUUUUACAGUACAUGCAAAAAGCAAAAGAAACAAAAGACUUGAAUUUUAUGAAUGAGCUUUUGCUGCUGGGUUGUUUACACGUCCUGUUUAUUAUCACGAGCCUGUCGGGGUUUGGCUUUCUUCUUCAGCGGCUCCUUUUCUUAACCCGUACGAACCUUUCUUCGGAACAGCCGAUUCCAGAGCGGGCCCAAAGUGGAUGCGGCGCCCUCACGGGUUGCUAAUUGCCUUCAUUAAUCCAAGCGGUAGCUCGACUUGCGAGUUGACCGCGUUUGGUGACAAAUAAUGAAGCCGUUCCAAGCCCCCACGGUCAUCACAAUUGUUUUGUUUGUUUCGACAGUGCCGGGCAGUACGAGAACAAACAAUAGCGGCGGCCCGGCCCAUUCGGUGGUUAGGACCUCUUUUACAUCCACCAAAAUUGCUGGAUUUGUACAUAUGUACACUUACCAUCUCGGUUUGUCGAGUUCAGCUUUCGCCUUGAACGCGGCCGGUGAGGAUCGGAGUCUCGGAUAACGGCUGACAAUCAGCCAACUAUUGGAAUUGACAUCAACCUAAAAAAAAAUCCGAUUGGUCGGGCCCUAAUCGGAUCGUAAAUUGGAAUGUCGGGAAUUAUGACCGCUUGGGUUGAAUUCUAUCGUCAUUAUUUCAUGCUCAAAGUCAUUGGAAAUUGCAAGCACAAAGCAUCUGUACUUGUACUCGCCGCAAGGUGACCGCAAGACCUGACGGGGGGGGCCGGAUGUCGUCAAAUUGGCAAAAACGGAUUGAAGGGCUUGUGAGCAACGGGCCGCUGUCGUUCAAACCGUCAAUAGAGAAGUAGGGUUACUUUCUUAUUUGACGAGGUCAUCUUGUGACAUGUCACGGUGAGCACAAGAACCGCUAACAGAAGUUUUUCAAUGAAUAAUGGGGGCGAGGUUAAAAAAAAAAAUCUGUUGGAACCUCCUAAGAGCAAAGUCUAAAUUCCCCUCAAAGCUGGUAACAUGGUUUCCUACCACUACUCCUUUUCCCACUGCAUUUUUUUAUCAUGUUCACUGUUUAAAAAAAAACGAGGCGUCAACAAAUGAAUAAGAUGGCCGAUGUUUCCUUGAGAAUAGUAUUAACGGGGGGGGGGGGGGGGGGGGGCAAGAGUUUUUCUCUGUUUUCACUCCCGGUUGAAGAUGAAAAAGCUUCUCUGAGCAGCUGGCAUCCAAGCAAGUUUCCCGAGGCUUUGUCUGACGACAGGAAAAAAAAGAACACUUCCAGUCCAAAAUGUGAACAAUAUUUUAUGGCUAUAAUUUAUGGCCCAGUGCUGCUUUCAAUUUUUUUUUCUGUAUGUUGCGUUGUACAUAAAUAUCGUCCUGAUUUGUAUAAAUAAAUAUAUAUAUAUAAAAGAAAAUAAACUUGACAGUAUGCACAACUGGA